AUGGAACAUGUGAUGGAGAAACUGGAUAAGGCGAAAAAGAAGAAAAACACAUUAAUUCGUAAGAGCAAAGUAGAAUUUCUCAACAGAGCAACAUCUAAACGAGAUGAGCAGAUCAAUAAGGGAUCACGUCAUAACAUGUUAAUAUUGUGGGAAUUUUUCAAAGCUUGUAAAAGGGACAACUCACAUGCUUACAAGUUUCUCAAAGGGAGGCAUAAGAAACUACACAAGACAGUUCAACAAAAGAUACUCAAAAGCGCAUCAAAAGUAUGCACAACUUGGAAGAAAAUCUGCAAAGAUCCGGCGAUGUGGAAGGUCAUCGAUAUGCGAAAACAGGUUUAUCGUUGGAGUAUGAAUUUCCAUAUUGAGACUUUGAUUACGAAGUUAGUUGAUCUCAGCUGUGGGGAAUUGAUUGAUUUCAGUGUCGAGGGUGGUUUUGAAAUCAUCCCUAUCCUUGAUUAUGCUGUGCAACGAUCAAGCAAGAUGAAACGUCUUUACAUUCAGAACUACGAUUAUGAUCUCGUAAGCGGAGGGUUCAUUUGGGCAAUCAAAAAGCUACCACAACUAGAGGAAUUUCAUCUUUCUUGCACGUAUCCCUCUGCAAUGUUAUGA